CGUUUGAGUGACUAUGGAGCGCUUUAGCUGUCAUGUAAUAACACAAUAAUAGGAUCAGGAAAGAGGGUGAAGGGACAUUCUGACGGGAUAUAUAAGUAUACAGUUGGAAACAUGGCUGUAAAAGAAGAAGGAGAGAUUUUGCACAAUAAAUUCAAGCAUCACGAUGGUGUUGGCAAUGCAAACAGCACAGAAAGCUUCAGGAACGGCUACGUGAAGAGCUGCGUCACCCCUUUAAAGCAAGACCACCAAGGGGGUUUUUUAUUCACUGUCUGCAGGUUUUGCAAUGCUGAUUUAUUAGGUUCAAAACGACUUCGGGCUUCGGCCCUUUACGUAGGUGCAUUCGCAGUUUUGGCUGUUUCGGUACUAAUUUCCAGGAGCUUGCAAAGUGGACAUUUCUUUUUGGAUCUGCGGACUUUUCUGCUGGGGUUUUCACAAUCUGUCAGUCCCCUCUUCAGCAUAGGCUGUGCGUUCUUCUUUUUAACAGUUUACCUGAGGAGGAAAAAGCGGGAAAGUCAUAGGAGCUGGUUCGUGUCGCUGCCUGCAUCAUGCUAUUUGGCGGAUUUCUUGGUUUCGGUGUUUUUGCAGCUAGGAGAGUACCCCCACCACAUGCAGAUGGUGGGCAGAUUACUCUUUGUGUUGGGCUGUGUCGGUUUGCUGACACUGGUCCCAACUUUGAAACUGAAACACAGUGUCCUAAUCCUAAUUUUCGCCAGUCUAGUGUGGCUGGUGUCCUUCACCAGCCUCGGAUGUCUGCCUGUGUAUAUGAGACCCAUCUCGGCUUGUCUGGCGGGGGUUUCUGGCUCCCUCCUGGCGCUCUGUUUCGAUAAUCACCACCAGCCAAAGGAAACGCCGCACCGGAUCCCAAACGAGGAGAAAGUGCCCGUCAUCAGACCUCGGAGAAGGUCCAGUUGUGUUUCUUUGGGAGAAACGUCAACCAGUUAUUAUGGCAGUGGUAAAGUCCCCCGGAGACCGUCACUGCCAUGCAUUUCUAGAGAACAGAUGAUUCUGUGGGACUGGGAUCUGAAGCAGUGGUACAAGCCGCAGUCUCAGGGCGCUCUCAGCGGCAGCGGGGUGGACCUCUCGGUCAUUAACGAGGCGCGGAACCUGGUUUUGGACCUGCUGUCGGACGCCUCGCUGCCCCCCCACACCAACACCUCCCUCCGCAGCAUCUCCCGCCUGAUGGGCACCUUCUCCGGGUCCUGCCGGCCCCGCCCCAGCCCCUUCACCCCCUUCCCCGGGUUCUACCCCUGCGCCGAGACCGAGGACCCCGCCGAGAGGGGCGAGAGGAAGCCACACAAGGGCAUGGGCAGCAGGAGCAGCCUGCCCACCCCCCAGCUGCGACGCGGUUCCACCUCCUCCCCCUCGGAGGCGCCCUCCUCACGCUGGGAGCGCACCAGCAAGAGACCCCUCCCUGAACUCAGCGCCAGCAGCCUGGGGGGUCUGCCCAAUGGACCCAGCGCUAACCUGCUGACCAUUCCCAAGCAGAGGUCAUCCUCCGUCAGCCUGACCUACCACACUGGGCCCCGGAGGGCAGGUACAUCCCCCAGUCUGACUCCUGUAAACUCCCCCUCUCACACUCCCCCUGCCGCGGGCUCCUGCCUGGCAUCGCGUUCAGCCCCCGUGGAGUUCCCGGACACGGCAGACAUCCUCACCAAGCCCAGCGUCACCCUGCACAAGCCACUGGGCUACGCACUGAGCUCGCCAGACUUCCAGCAGCAUCUGCGCUGUCCCAGCUUCUGUGCCAGCUGUGGGCGAGUGACGCUGAAGAGCCUACCCUCGGUGGACGCAGGGGAGGGCCUUUCACCAUCAGCCGCAGAAGCGGAGCUUAGACACACAGCGGGUGAGGGAGCGGAGGACCCCGUCGCUGGGAGAGACCGGGCGGGGCUGGACGGCAGGGCGUGUCCUGACCUGGUGGAGGCGGAGCAGGAGCAGGAGAAUCAGGAGAUGGAGAGUGAGCAGGACUUUGCCUUGGACCCCCUGCUGGAGGAGCAGGAUAGUCUCAUGGAGACGCUCAACAACUGGAACUUCCAGAUCUUUGACCUCGUGGACCGAACAGGAGGGAAAACCGGGAGAGUGCUCAGCUACGUGACGUACACUCUGUUCCAGGACACUGGGCUGUUUGAGAUAUUUAAGAUCCCCAUGCGUGAGUUCAUGGCAUACUUCUCUGCGCUUGAGAAUGGCUAUCGGGAUAUACCUUAUCACAACCGGGUCCACGCCACGGACGUCCUGCACGCCGUCUGGUACCUGACCACGCGGCCCAUCCCAGGGUUCCAGCAGAUCCAUAAUGAGCAUGUGACAGGAAGUGACACGGACUCGGACAGCGGGAUUUCCCCGGGCAGGGUGGCCUACGCCAGCUCCAAAACGUCCUCGGUGUCGGACGACAGCUACGGCUGCCUGACCUGGAACGUGCCCGCCCUGGAGCUCAUGGCCCUGUACGUGGCGGCAGCGAUGCACGACUACGACCACCCCGGCCGCACCAACGCGUUCCUGGUGGCCACCAACGCCCCACAGGCGGUGCUGUAUAACGACCGCUCGGUACUGGAGAACCACCACGCAGCCUCAGCCUGGAGCCUUUUCCUGUCCCGCCCCGAGUUCAACUUCCUGUCCAACCUGGACCACGUGGAGUUCAAGCGCUUUCGUUUCCUGGUCAUUGAGGCCAUCCUAGCCACCGACCUGAAGAAGCACUUUGACUUCCUGGCCGAGUUCAAUUCGAAGGUGAAUGAUGUGGAUAGCCCGGGCAUUGAUUGGACUAAUGAGAACGAUCGGCUGCUGGUCUGCCAAGUCUGCAUUAAGCUGGCAGACAUCAACGGCCCGGCCAAGUGUCGCGAGCUUCACCUGAAAUGGACAGAAGGAAUUGUCAACGAGUUUUAUGAACAGGGCGACGAGGAGGCGGGCCUGGGCCUUCCCAUCAGCCCCUUCAUGGACCGCUCGGCCCCCCAGCUGGCCAAGCUGCAGGAGUCCUUCAUCACGCACAUCGUGGGGCCUCUCUGCAGCUCGUACCACGCCGCCGGCCUGCUGCCCGGCCACUGGAUCCACCGGGAGGGAGCGGGGGAUGAACCCCCGGAGGAAGAGGAGGAGGAGGAAGAGGAGGAGGAGGAGGAGGAGGAGGAAGGAGACGACUCAGAAACGGACGACGAAGAGCUGGAAGAGGAGCUUCAACCGAGUCAUAAAAAAUGGAGGAAGCGUCGGAGGCGACGGCUCUUCUGCAACAUCAUGCAUCACCUGACCGAGAACCACAAGGUCUGGAAGAAGACCAUAGAGGAAGAGGAGAAGAGGCAAGAGCCCGGCAAGCCGCCUCCGCAGCCAACCCCCUCCGAAGCCCCCUCCCUGUCCUCCACCUCCGAGGACAUUCAGGUGAUCCAGGAGGAGGUGGAGGAGGAGGAGCGUCCGUAGUGGCACGCGGGGGUGGAGAUGACUUUCUUAGGGAGGGUGCGUAGGUGGAGGGGUGCGGCAGAGGGGGUAAGACGCGCGCACACGUCGGAGCCGCCCUGCUGGACUGAGCUGUCAUUGUGCGGACGCCCCCACACUUCAGGCCUGCGUGGGCUCAGAGAGAAGGCCUUAUUACUGUGAGCGGACUCCUCCCGCAAAUCCUAUGCACUUUCACCCCACAGGGGAAUAAGACAAAAACAAACUCACUAAAACAACCCUUGUU